AUGGCAACACCGAAGAUCAAACGGAGCAAAAGUUUUCCCAACGAGAGUGAGACGACAGAUCACGCAGCUGAACUUGAAGACUUGCUUUCGUCGAGAUCAGGACUGACCGAAAUCUCGACAAACAAACCAGAGAUCGACGAAGACGAGGAGGAGGAUCACUGGAAGGACGCUUCUCCGGUGACGCCUAUCUGCAGUCCAGCACGACGACCUGCCAAACUCUAUCGCGACAAACGAUCUCCGACCAGAUACAUCGAUGUCGACAACGACGUCGAGAUCAUUCACGAAUUCUACCCUACUACGUCUAAGACAAUGCGCGAGGAGACGAGCAUCGUGUCGUAUGGUGGUACGAUAAUCGUCGAAACGACGAGGAUACCUAGGCACACCAAGGACGUACCGACGAGGAUGGAAAAAGUGGCGCCGAAGGUGAAGUUAAAGAAGCAAUCGUCCUUGGAGCUGGAUCGCGUACCACCCGUUCAGGAAGAGCCGUCUUCUAGUGCGGAGGAUACAUCCAGGGUCACCAUGACGAUGAGAUCGGUGCAAGAAAUGGAUCGAGAACGCAGGAAGAGCCUGAAACGUCACAGCAGCGCGGAAUCCGAAGGUCGAACGUCCACGUCGAGGGAGACGUUGGAGAAGUCAGACACAUCAUCGGAAAAGGGCGCCAAAAAGAAGGUCUUCACGGAGAAGGGAAAUGGUAAGAAGCGAUCGAAAAAAUCAGUGAAGACUGAACGGAAGAUGGAGGAAGAUUCGUCGAGACGGAAACACGAAGGCGAGGAUUUCGCGAAGAAAGACGACGAGACUUAUCGACGUUCGAGGGAGGAGAGGAAGAGCUUGAAGGAGCAGGAAUGCAUCGAGAGGGUGACGGAAUUCCUGACGAGGCAUAGCAUUCCGUCUUAUUCCGAUGUAAGCGUCGGCCUCGAAGCUGCAGAGUUCUCCGUUCCCGAAGUCGUAGACGAGCAACGAGUCAAACGUCCAUCAGCUAUUAGCAAAGAAGGGGAGGCUCUGAGUCUCUCAACGACCAUCGAAACGUCCGUGGUGUCUACAAAGAGGAAAGAAAGCCUGAAAAGCGUAUCUGAAAUGGUGGAAGAAACGAAAGAUUCUCUGAGAGACUCGAAACUCGUAAAGGACGUCAAGAGACUUUCGGAGGACAAAAAACAACGGCCAACUCUGGAUCGAGCAGCUGUUUCAGAGAUUCGGCAACCCGAACCGACUCAGCAACCCACAAAACGACCGAGCUCGUUGAGAAAAAGCAGAGACUCCUUCUCCAGAGAGUCCUCAAGAGAAUCAUUGUUGGAGGAGAAAAAGGGUGUCAGAAUUCAAGAGGACGUACAGGAGAUCUUCUUUGACGAUACGAGCGAUCAGAUAAUCGACUUGCUGCCGGAGGUCCAGUUGGUGACUGCCAGGAUUAUCACGGCGGAAGAGGCGUCUGCGCUUCGCUUUGAGGAGGCGAUCACCAGAAUCGAGGUCCAUUCGCCACCAGAAGUAUAUCUCGUUCCAGAGACAGUUAAAGCGAAACUAACGCGGGCGCCAUCACCGGAAGUCGUCGACGCCUUGUCGUUGCAGCUACCCGCCUUAGCGAAAUCGACGUCGGAGAGCACUUUGGCGGAAGGUAGACCCAGCUCUGACGAGGAUCGCAAGGUUUCUGUGAGAAAUCUGAGGCCGGAGAUUCUUUGGGAUCUGUCGAAAGUCUCCGAUAACGGCGAAGGGAUCGAGCAGACGGGCGAGGAUGCUAGAGACAUUAAGGAGAGGCGACUCAGCAGAACCGGAAGCGAGGGUUCGAAGAGAUUAGCCAAGGAUCAGAAGCAGGAACAAUUUCCCUUCAAAAUUGGUAGUCUCGCACAGCCAGACAGACCGGAACUGAUGAUCCUGCACGAAGGUCUGACGGAGAAAACAGGAAGUGUCGGAGAUGUGACGAGAAAGGAAAGCGGGGAAGAUGAUGGCAUUUCAAGCGAAUUCCAAGUUCGACGCGAGUCCAAGGGAUCCAUUCGCGUUGCGAAGGACCUCGCAAUUCCGGCGCAAGAUUCCCGAAGAGAAGAACAAAAGGAGCCAUUAUCACAAGAAGCUAAGGAGGACGCAAGAGAGGCACGUAGUUACGAACAGACGACCCCUUCACGGGAGAAACGCUCGCCGUUGUUGGAGGAAGUGAUUUGUAAGCACGAAGAGGACCUGAUCUGCAAAGAACACGCGCUCGAGUAUCAAAGCCAGACACUCGAGAGCCAAUCGGACCAUUUGUUCCACGAGAUAUUCACCUCUUCGUUAGAAGACCUGCCUGAGGAAGUAUCCGAGAGGUGGACCCGCGAAGUUUACGAGGAAAGUCUUGGCGAGAUCGAGCAAAGCUUCAAGGAAACGCAAUAUUCGCCCAAGGAGAAGCGCGAUGUACAAACGCAGACUGUGCAGGAAUCCAAGAGUACGCAGUGCAGCCCUGAACAGAGUGUAAUAAGUUCGUGCGAGGAACUGCCCAGGAUCAGCCCCUUCCACAUCGGCCAGAGGUAUUUCCAGAGUCCCAGACGGGAAGUACAAACGCAGACUCAGGGCGAGAACAAGAGCGUUCAGUGCUCAUUGGAUGAUCUGAGUGAAAUCACGAGAGGCGACGCUGCGGAUCAAACGCAGGAGUCGAAGAGCAUUCAGUGCAUCCCGGAAGACAUCUCCACGAGAUCGUCCGACAGGUCGAGAUCCUCUUCCCGAGAAGACAUUCUGCGUAGCCCGCGGCGUGAGGUCGAGGUACAGACCUACCAGGAGUCGAAGGCGAUCCAAUGCAGCGACGACGAGCUGCUCGAGGCUGACCAAGCGAGCGCCGAUCGUCCGGAGCACGCGCAUCACAGUAGACCAGCCAGCUCGACCUCCAGGAAGACCGAGAGCUCGCCCUCGUCGAGCUCGAGUUCGCCACGCAAGUUUCCAACUGUCGUCUUCGUGGAGGGCAAAGGGGACAUGACCGUCACACACAGGGAGCACGAUGGCGACGUCACCUGGUCGAAGCAUUGGGGUCCCGAAAGACUGGUGGAGAUAUACAGAGAACCGAAGACCAGCCUAGGACUCAGCAUUGUUGGUGGAAAGGUCGAUCUGCAUAACGGCGGACCCAGCAAGACGCAGAACAUUUCUGGGAUAUUCAUAAAGAAUGUUCUGCCGAAUAGUCCCGCUGGCAGAACCGGCGGUCUCAAGAUUGGAGAUAGAAUAAUUGAGGUGGACGGCGUCGACCUGCGGCACAGUACGCACGAGCGUGCGGUGGAAGUUAUACAAGCUGCCGGAAAUCCUGUCAGCCUCCUCGUCCAGUCCUUGGUGAAUUUGCCAGGAUUCGAGGACGUCGUUUCGCGCGGGGAAUCCCAGAGGCAAAGUUCGAAAAGUUCGGAUGGCUCGACUCCCAGUGCGCGAAGAUCCUCCAUGAAGAAGUCUAUUCGGAAAACAGCCCCAUCGCCACCUGUGAAUCAGGGUAUCCUUCGCGAAGUCAGUGAAGAGCGGGAGGAUCACGCUGCAACUACCGUCGCGGAGCCUCCACUAAAACCCAAGUACUCCUCAGAUGAGAGCUCCGAGGAUGAGGAGGACACGCGUAUGCUGGAGGGAAACGUCUACACGAAAAGCGGCAUUGAGAUCUCGCGGAAAAGCGCCGGAAACGUGAAGCGCACGAAGGCGGAGAUCGAAGCGGAUCCGGAGGAAGAGGACGAGUUCGGUUACACGACCAAAAAGGUUCAGAAGAAGUACCAGAAUCUCGGGCACAAAGUGCUGAUGGUCACCCUCGAGAAAGACAGGCGGGGUUUGGGCAUUUCUCUGGCGGGGCAUAAGGACAGAAAUCGAAUGGCGGUUUUCAUCUGCGGUCUCAAUCCGAAGGGUGCAGCUCACAAAAAUGGCGGGCUUCUUAUCGGUGACGAGAUAUUAGAGGUAAACGGCUACGUAUUGCAAGGACGAUGUCAUCUGAAUGCUUCCGCUCUUAUCAAAGGCAUGGCCGGUACUCUCUUCAAAAUCAUCGUCUAUCGACGAUCGAAGGCUGUCGACGACAUCGCCGUAAAGCCGAUAGUCCAAUUUCCACCAACCUUGGAUGACAGUCAAUACGGCCUUGGCAUAAUGAUCAUCGAAGGAAAACAUCUAGCCGUAGGACAAGGCAUUUUCGUGUCCGACAUUCAAGAAGGCAGUGCAGCGGAACAGGCUGGAUUGCAAGUGGGAGACAUGAUCCUAGCCGUUAAUCUAGACAGCUUAUUAGGCCGCACGUACGAUGAGGCGACGGAAUUAUUGAAGAAAGCGGAAGGCGUCGUUAAGCUAGUAGUUUGCAAUCCUAACGAGAAUAAAGAACAGAAACAGAAGGAUAAGGUUAAAGAACUCAAGGAUGAUUUGUCAACUUCGGUUGCACAGAAAACCCCACAAAAGAGUGAGUUCAAUAAUGAGAUUACCGGCAAGGAACCAGUGGAACCAGAAGAGAAGAAGGUACGACAGGAUCCCAAGACUUGCAAGGUCGAAGUCGGCAAAGAAGCGACGAUAGAGUUUCAGAAGGACAAGAAUCAAGGUAUAGGUUUCUACAUCGCUGGCGGUUCUAACACUCCUUGUAACGGGGUAUUCGUUCUGGACGUGUCUCCUGAAGGUGCAGCUGGAAAGGACGGCAGAUUACAACCAGGCGAUCAAAUUCUCAACAUAGGCAACGAAAGCUUUACGGAGAUAGAGCACGACAAAGCUCGCGAGACAGUCCUGAAACAAGCUCCUGGAACUAUCAUGAUGACGGUGUUGCGCCACGAGAAACCAGCCGAGGAAUACGAGGUUGAGAUACAGAAAAAGAGCGGUAAAGGAGCUGGUCUCUGUUUCGCCGCGUUCUGGAGUAACAAGGGGGUCUACGUGAAGGAGCUAACAGCAGGCGGUCAGGCUAUCGAAACCGGCAAGAUCUGCAAAGGUGAUCAACUUGUAGCGAUCGGUGGAUUGGACGUUCGUGACGCUUCCCUGGACGACAUCGCCUUUCAUAUGAAAAUAUCUAAUCCGCUGCAAAUGAAGCUAGCUAGGUAUCAUUCCGCCAAACAAUGACAGGGUUCUGCGGGCGGAACUCUCAACGUGUGUCCAGACGUACGAAGAAGCGCCUGCAGACACCGUGGAUUCUAGUGUGAUAUACAUAGAUAAAAUAACGUCUCGAUAAACCCUAAGAGUAUCUUUGUUACAAGAGCCGCGUAUAGAAUUGCGCGACUCGCUCUAGUUACACGCCAGCGUCGCCAAUCGAUCUUGCCGUUCAAGCUCGCAGACUUGCGUGCAACACGAGACAGAGAAAAGUAGAACGAAGAAGACGGAGCACGAUAGAGCGCGAUGACUCAAACGUACACAUCAAUAAGAUAAAAAUCCGAGAGCCGGCAGAGGAGAGAAUUUUUGUAACCAACUUGUAGAGGGUAUCAAAUCGAGUGAGAUCCCGUCGACACGGGUCGAUUGGCCAUUAAUCGAAUCCGUAAACAAUUCCGUCUGUCGAUGUUCGCGCUCGUGCAAAUAGUCGAUACAAAAAAUAUCUUCUAUACACAUUAUUAUAAUUACAUAUAACGAGAUAAUACGUUAUCGCCAAGACGAGAAUUCAAUAACGACGAAUAUUUGUCUCGUUCGGCAUAGAAAGCCGUAGGGCAGGUAAAUCGAUAAUAAU